GACAUGCUUCCAAGUCAGCUGGCGCGACAGUGACGAUCAGUUCUUGCUUCAAUUUGCACCGGACGCGGUCUCAUUGUUGCUGGUCUGCCUAAUUGAGUUUGACUCACCUGUUGCAGGUUCCUCGCCGCGCAGCGGAGUAGUGGCCGCAACGGUCCCAAGGCAUACGAUUACGUUGAUCCCGCGGCUUCUUGAGUGCUCUGCGUGUUUGGGUAAAUGCACGGUGGCGGUGUUUUAAAAUCUUUAAGUGCUUCUACUUUCCGAUCAUUCAUUUCAUUAAUUCGGCAUCUUAAUUCGCGCUAAUCUGCUUAGAAGUGAAUUGUGUGCAAAAAGUGCUCGAAGGAAACCAUAAUCACUUUCAAUUUUAAAAAUUGCCGUCGGGGUGAACUGCGCGGAAUAAGCAAAGCUCGGCGAAAAAUUAAAGAGUUGAAUGGUGAGUGAUUAAUUGCUAUCAGAAAAGGAAGCAAUAAAAAUCGAAAAUUAUUAAUAAAUAGACCUUCGGAGUCUGAGGUGUGUGUUCAAGUUGUGGAUACCGAAAAAGCUGCAGCGCCAAAUUUGGUAACAACCUCCUCCCGCUAUUGAAUGGAUAACGAUCUGGCGACAUGAGCUCGGACGAUGGAAGUAAGCGGGAAGUUAAUAAUAAUAUAAACAUGUGAAAGUCAGUGUUGUGUUAAGUGUACAAACAGAACUUCUGAUACACGGGAAAAGUUGAAAACGAGAGGAGGAAAAAUGGAUGCGUCCAUCGCUUUAACCAAAGAUUCAACGAGACGAAGCUUCCACACAAAUUUCCCUGAUGGAAAGCUGGAUCAUACAAGGACGACAACAACGACAACGACUCAAGAGUCAAAGGACGACUAUGAUUCUUCAGGGUCGGCGGAAACGGCGUCUGACGAAAUUCCUGUGUGGAUACACGGCGAGCAGCGUUGGAUUUCUGGUGUUAAUGAGGAGACGACCUGUGCAGAUUUGGUUAAUGUUCUGCUUGAGGAUGAGGGACUCCUCUGCCCGAGUACGAGUGUGUCGCUCAACAAGAAUUUUGUUAUUACAGAAAGAUGGCGACGGGUGGAGCAGGUACUAGAUAACGAUACCAAAAUCCUGCAGAUAUGGUCAGCUUGGGGUCAUGCCAAGCCCGAGGUAAAAUUGACGCUGCGUCAAAUCGACCCCCUCAUGGGUAGUUGGUGCAAUUCUCAGCACGACCAGGACAGCGGAAUGGGGAGUCCGAAUGGCAGCACGAAUAGCGCAAUCAUCCGGCGGAGACGUCACCGGGCGUCCAAGACAACAGCUGCCUGGGUGACCCAGGCACAAACUAUUCAUCCCAAAUCCCAGAAAGGAACCAUCGAGAAGUUAAUGAAACUCAUCCUGGAGCAAGGCGAGACAAUUCAGCAGCAACUGGCGAAAUUAAGGGACCGGGAGUUGCAAAUUGCGAAAAUUGAAGAAGACCGACAUCGUAUGCGCGAGAGAGAGCACGGGAAAAACUACCUCUUAGAGACGUACCUGAAUGGACUACACGAGGCGGAGGAGAAGGAAAUUGUUACAGUGAACAGCGACAGUGGUGUUCAUACGGAAGGAGCAACAUCUUCACCUGAAAUCGGUAUUCACGAAAACGAAGCGUAUCUCAAUGUGGCGGAGCUGGACGAUGAAACGGGUAGGCCAGAGAGUUAUGCCUUGCCAAGAAACAGUAGUACAUACAAAGGAAAAUCAUCACUUCGUGAACAGAAACUUUUCAAGGUGCACGAGCAAAUCAAGGAAUACAAAACAGCGAAGCUUGAUAAUAGCGAUGAUAAAUGCAAGGGCGAACUUCUAAAUUGCAGAGCAUGUGAAGAGGUGGUGGACGAUGCAGAUGAGUCAAGGAAAACUGAGAAAGCCACAGUGGAAGAUGACAUUGCAGCGAAAAUCGAGUGGAUGGAGAAACUAGUUGCAAUAAACAAGCACCUUCAAAAGGAAGAAGAGCUUUUAGUGAGAUUAGGAGCGAAGAUAAGAAAAUAUGAGUCUGAAAAUCCGGCGCUCAAUGAGCAGCAAAUCAGAGAAGCUUUGGCUCGCGUUAACAUCAAUAUCGACAACAGCGAAAAGGAAAUGCAGCGUUUGGAAAAUGAUUUGUUAAUUUUUAAUGAGAAACUUCAAGAAAAAACCAAUCUUCUCGAAGUCCUUAAUAAGGAGUUACUCGUCAUAGAACAGUCCGAACAAAUAAACUCCACAAAAGCAAACGCACUGAACUUAAACAGUGAAAAUUUAGCUGAGAACCUGUACAGUUUCAGCCAGUACAUAUCGAAACCAAAUUACGAAUUCAAUGAGAAUAACGAAAAUCGUGACCACAAGCUUCUUCUACGGCAACACACCCCUGAUCACGUCCUUAAUUUACAGAAUCCUCUUCCCACUCAUAGUACAAACAGCAUGGCUUUGCAGCCACCGGCGUCCAUCCCGCUGGACCAAAGAAUCCCCCCGCCUGCCCAGUAUCUGGACAGCACGUAUCCCUUGCAUCCCCCGUCACAGAUACCUGGAACGGUCGGCAUAAAUCAUAAAGUAGUUCAAGCUCCCAUGCUCAAUUGCAGGAACCAAAAUCCUCUCUGCACUCCAAUCGCAAUGGAUAUCGUGACGUCGAUGAAUUUAUUGCAAAAACCUGACCCAUUGAAGUUCAAUGCGAACGUAUACUCCAUGUCGAAUCCGGCCGCCGGCCCCGGAGCGAGCGGCAAACUUGGUCCGAAAAAGUUAAUUAGUGGCAUUUGUAAUGAAUUGGAAUCAAACUCGGACACGGGACUGAGUUCAAUGGGCGAGGACUUCACACACGCGGGAACAUUAGUUUAAUAAGGUGUUCUCUUCCCCAACGUGUCUUGUAUCCUUCAUUGUCCUUUCCCUUCCUCCAUUUCUCCGGCGCUCGGGGUCGUACCUUCUGCCCCAUAAGCCUUCCUUCCUUGCACCCCAAGCAACUUUCUUCCAAUCCGCCUUAGUGGGUUACAAGCAAUUAGUAAAUUAGUUGUUAUACUCGUUCAAUUCACGUACAUACUCUCAUCAAAACCAAACAAAUACCGAGAUAAAUCAAAUUGUAAAUGACUAUGUAUACACAUAUAUAUUUGUACAGCAACAACCCCUGUUUUACUACCCAAAUCGCAUGCAAACAUAAACGUAGAUAGAUUUAUUUUCUUUAUUUAAAUGUUUUUUAGUUAUCGUAUUUUUAUGUAUUGUAUUAGAAAAGUUGUUCAUUUAAUGUUUUGUUUUUACAUUUUAUACAAUGAAAUAUCAAAGCAGAAAACGUUAUCAACCCCUACCACUUUUACCGACUAGUCAAGUUUUGAACUUUUGAAAUAG